CCGCUCCCAGAGCAAGUAUCUCCUCUCAGUAAGCACAACAAACAACACGCAGCAAAGCGACAUGAGUCCCAGCAUCAGUACGGAGGCCAGCCAGCCUCUCCCUGCACGGUCCACCGUGGCCCAGAGAAAACAUGCCAACGAACUCAGAAAGACUCUGAAACCCUUGUUGGAGAAAAGAAGACGCGCUCGUAUCAACGACAGCCUCAACCAUCUGAAGAGCCUCAUUCUGCCACUUGUUGGCAAAGGCAACGCACGUUACUCCAAACUUGAGAAAGCAGAUAUUCUGGAAAUGACCGUCCGCUUCCUCAGAGAUCUUCCCUCCUCUCCAGUCAAAGAAUCCGCAGACAGCUACAGAGAAGGCUACAAAGCCUGCCUCCAGCGCGUCUCCUCCCUGCUUCCUAAAACCAGCCUGGACCAGGACGCGUGCCAGCGGGUCAACGACUUCGUGCAGCAGUCCAUGUCUGCCACAGUCACCCCAACCUGCCUGAACUGCUGCGCUCAGAGCUCCAGGACUUUCCCUCAGAUCCAGCAGAAGCUCCUGAGCCUGAAAUCCAGCUUCAGCUCCAGACCAGAGCUCCAGUCCCGCAGCGCAGUGGCUCCCAGCAGAGCGCAGUCAGGCCCGCAGGCCGGAAGCGCUGCGAUGUGGAGACCCUGGUAGACUAGAAGGACGUUUGUCCCACCUGUUAUUUAUUCAGAGAUGUUUCUAUCGCUGUUUGUAUCUAAAUAAUGUCAGCAUAUAAGAAAAAGACUUGUUCCAGUUGCUGUAUAGUGAUUUAAUUCAGCAUUUGACUCAUUUUGCGCUUAAUGCCAGAAAGCACAGAUCUCAAAGAAAUUGAAGUCUAUGAGCUUUUUAAAAAUGCAAUCCUCUUUGGGGUUUCAAAGAUAUGGGUUGUAGAUAACACUUUUGUAAAACCCCAAGGGUUAUUUGGUUUGAGGUUUGCACGAUGGACUUAAAAGUAUUUUGGUCUGUGCAACAGAAUAGUCUGUAAACACUGUGUGUUCUAUAGGAUUCUAUUUAUUCACUUGUUUGGAAAAAAAACAUGAUUUUGUGACUUUUUAUUGCUCUGUCAUUGACAAAAGAUUUUCAAUAAAUGCAUUUUUGAAAAA